AUGGGCCAAUGUGUGACGGGCGCGCCUGUGCCUGAGGCUGAGUCGAGCCUAUGCAAGCCGUACAUAUCAGAGCUCAACACCCUGCUCCCUUUGCAAGCGUUUGAAAACAAGGUAGUUUUUUUUGAGGUAAGUUAUAGAGGUGAGUGUUCGGCUUCCGAUAGGCUGGGUUUUCGUAAUUACAGAGUCUUAGUUGUGGAUACGUGGCAUAAAAGUUUUCGAACGCCUUACGUGCUUUUUUACGGAAGCUUUCACCUCAGUAAAUUAAGGGAUAUAGAGAACGUGCAACACAAGGAGGAAAAUCGGCAAUUCUACGAUGAAGUAGAACCAGAGUUCUUGGUUCGUUCGAGCUCGGAAAGCCCUCCUCCCCCUGAAGUAGGCGUGGCUAAUUACAAAAACGGAUUGGUUGGCGGAGGUUCUAACCGUCUGUUUAACGGGCCACUGAAGUCGUCUAUAAUGCCAAACGCCCUAAGCCGCUACCUGGUACCUUCUGGAAUAAGUUCUUCAGGAUCCGUUCAGCCUCCACCGACGAAAGCAACACCUGCUGAAAGCCACCCAGUCAUAUUUAUUCUCUAUGAUUCCAACACCGAUAACCAAAGAAAGGCCUGGAAGACGAUGGAACAAAAUAUUACCUAUUAUCGCAGUGAGCAUAGGGUACCCAAGCAGGUCGAAGAGCUUCGCAAAAUAAAACCAAAAGACAUAACCUUCGCCCUAGAAGAAGCUGUCGACGUUAUCAUCUUGGACAGGGACGGAGUUGGAAGAGGCGAAGACGGUUUCGUGAGAGCAGUCCGAACACACGUUCCGUCUCGGGUGACAGUACGACGCGUGACGGUUGGGGCAGAAUCUUUGCAACCGAUUCUUUCAGGUGGCGUCGACACGGGUCUUGUAGAUUUUGCGUUCGUCGUUGGCAAGUCUUUGUCGCGGUGCCCAGUGGUCGGUGGGGGCGUUCAGUUGAUCGUGGGUCAGGAAUCGCCCGGGCAGCAAAACGUCUGUGGCCUAACAACUGAUGUCAUUGCGGAAACUACUGUAAUCGCUAAAACUAGGACGGAAUCAACAUUUACGAUGGAAGAUGUUCAAGAUGAGGAAGUUAUUGAUGUACAGGCUGAGCCACUGCUUGAUGUUCCAGACCAUGAAGGGGGAGGUGAUAGCUCUUCAGACGUUGUGCAAGUAGUAUCACCGCACGGUGCAGCCACUAGUUCCGAUGAUGAGCGUCGACUUCGCGAAGACACAGAUGGCUCAGAUCUUCCUAAGAGGCGCCUAGAAGAAAGUCAAAAAGAUGAAGAAGGAGAUAUCUACGUGGUCCCAAAACGCCCUAGAGUUGAGCUUGACCACCGCUCUGUUGAUGGUAACCCGCUGGAAGAAAGUCUGCAGAAAGAAAUAAAUCAAAUUUUGUCACAAAAGAUGGCGGACACUACAAAGAAGUUACAUCAAAUAUAUCGCUUGCUUGCCGACUCCCUACCUUCGAUGAAAGCGGAUUUGGAGACUGCGGUGAAAAACCAGGGGUACAAAACAACGCUGGAAGCUGAAGAAAUAAUUCGUCAUGGAUUUGAAAAACGUUUCGCGGCCGCAUUCGAACGAAAUUUCGAAGCUGACAAGAAAUCCAUUCUCGACGCUGGAUUGUUGCCGAAAUUGCAAUUGGAGACGAUUCUCCGCGGCCGCGCCUACGUUUAUUUCAGACCGCUGCUGCGAGUUGUUGCAGGAAGCAAUACCAAGGAGCUGCAUGUCGACUGUGCCGUUUGCUCCAAGUACGGCACAACGAAUAUCAAAUUCAAAAUCGCCUACCCCGUGGAAGAUGCUCAGAAGUUAUUGAAGGACAUGAAGAAACACCUGGACACCACCACACACAAAGACGCAGUCGCUUCGUACUUGGCCGAACGAGAAGACUAUGUUCAGCAACGAGUUGAAGAUAGCGGGUUGAAAAAAGACGGCACCCUCCUUGACAGUUCGUUGCGAGCCACUGACAAAAUGAUAGCUCUGGCGUUUUAUUCGGUGAAAUUGGUCCAUUCUUCUUUAUCUUUUGAUUAUUUCGUAAGCGCCGCUGAAAAAAUGUUAGGCAAACCGAUUGGACACCACCACCGAGACAGGAGAACAAAAUGCUGGAAACUAUUCGAACUGUCAUACAGCGUUCCUUCGUCAACUUCCAGAAACACGGAUCCUUUCCGUCCUACUGUAGCGUUGAUCCUCGACAGCACGACAACAAAGUAUGGCGACCAAAUACUCUUGAUCCUUGCAAAAUACGUAGACCUCCAUGGACUAGCACACAUACGGCCUUUGACGUUGCAGGAAGUAAAAGAAUCGGAGACCGGAGAGCACGUGCUCGCGAUGGUCACCGAUUGGUUUCAAAAAAAUGGGAUCACCAACGUUCUUGCCAACCAAGUCUCUUCGGUGACGACCGACGGAGCCCUCAACAUGCAAGGGAAGAUCAAAGGCUUCACUACGCUCCUCGGCACAUGGGUUCGCGGCCAACGUACUGUCAACAGAGACCGAGCUCAGCCUCUUGGGAUUCAACACUGUCUGGCGCACAAGCUGGAACUCGCCAUCGCCGACGCAUACAAAAAAUCGUCAGAGGGUCUUCGCAUGCGCGAGUUUACCACCAAGUUCAUCAAUCGCCUUCGUUCGUUCUUCGGUACAACAGCGGUGAAGCGUCGCCGUGUUCUCGAUAACAGCGUGAUGUUGAGACGCGCUCAUCUCUUCAAACUCAAGGGCAUAAUCAGCGUCAGAUGGGCAACUAGUGAGCUUGUUGCGGUAAAAAGUUUGAUAGAACUGUACGACGAAGUCCUGAUCACUUUGCACACUAUCGCUAAAAAUCCAAACGAGUUUGAUCAGCCCGCACGCGCGAAAGCGGUGUCCAUGUUGGCCACGAUGAAGGAUGGAAAGUUUUUUGCGUACCUAGUUUUCAGUAUCGACAUGCUCGGAGCCGUUUCAAUUUUGUCUAAGCAACUUCAGUCCGAAGCGAUGCCUCUUUCUUACAGUGUCCAAGCUGUUGACGACACCAAGUCUGCCCUACGAAAACUUGAGCAACCGGCGUUUGUGACCGAAGCAACGCUGGGCCUCUUGCAGCGCAUCGGAGUCCAGUGCGUCGGAAGCGAUCGUAAAAAACGUCAACUCAUCACGGACAAGUCUUGCUUACUCACUCUGUUCCAAGGAUGGGCAAACCGAAAAGAUCUCAUGCACCCGGACCCCUACUGGAUCGCCUUCAAGCGUAAGGAGAAAGGAGAGAUAGUUGCACAAUCAAAGACCGAUGCGGAAUGGGAUAUCUCUAACUAUUUAUUCGCCCCAGGAGGAGUAGACCCGCAGGGUUUCACAGAACUUAGAGACCAGCUGCUACCAACGAUAGACGCGGCUGUCAAGUUGGCCAAUAACGAAAUGGAAAAAAACAAGCGCAAACGCGGACACGCAACCAAGGAGGACGCGGAACACCUCGAGGACCUGACUUUAUACAAAAAUUUCCAAGACGUGAAAUUCCCCCACAUCACAAAUGACGUUCGAAAGGAGAUUGUCGAGAACUACAUUGAACACAUCGACGAGCGUUUUGUGGGCGACGAGGUCACUUCGUCUCUCAUAGCCUUCACUCCUGACGAGGUUUUCAAGAUUUCCAACGACCCUAACUACAACCCGGCCGUACCCUCCAAGCAUAGGAAAAUUCUUUACUCGUACAUGGUGCCGCAAGUUGAUGCGAAUGACGCAGAAUCCGCGCUAAGAUUGUUAUCCACCCAGCUUGGACUGAUGCCUACACCGUUGAAAGAGGAGUUCUCGCUCGUUAGGCGCCACCCCUCUCUUCUACUAGCUUUUUUCUAUCGGCACAAAAAGUUUCUCAAUUUUCCGAAAAUAUUGUCAAGAGUCUUCGUUUUCGUGCUUAGCUUCUCUGCCUCAUCGGCACCGGCCGAACGCGGUUUCAGUAUCAUCAACCACUUAAUGGAUCCCCCGCAGAAGCCGUACAACCGUCAACAAUUGGGAGACUGA